AUGACAGCUCUCUACACCAUCCUUUCGUCCCUAUGGAUCCUUUCUCUCCUCAUCGCAACAGCCACACCAACACAACUAUCACCCCGAACAACUCAGGAACAAUGCAGCCAAAACUGUACAUCAUGCGUCCUUCCCUCGACGUACAAAUUCACCCCCGCCAAACGACUACUAAGUAGCCCUUCAGACUUGAGCGAAACAAUCGAAGACUACCUCAAAAGACUGUACCUCUCAACGGAGUGGCUAGAGAUGGAAAGUGAAAGCUCAGUCGGCGAAUCCACAGCCGCAUACUGGGAACUAGGUGACGAGACUGAAAUAAUCGGCGUAGGCGUUCUCCUUGGCUGUGUGUCCGUAGUGGUCGCCUCCCACAAAGGAAUCUACAUAUCGCAUCACUGGGAAAUACCAGCUUUCAGCACGUCAGACUGGGUGAUAAACACACAGGAGCAAUUCAAGAACUACGUCUUAGACAAGAUCGAAUACGGGGGUGGAAGUGACAUGCCCAGUUUGAAGCGGUAUACCGGUGCAAGCGGACCUUUUAAGCCCGAGUAUGGACCGAAAGCGUAUGUCUUGCGACGACGUCAGUCAGAACAUGAGGCUUAUGAUGUGGAUUACAUGAAUCGGUGUCAGGAGCUGGCGAAUCUUGUUUCAAGAUUAGUUGGUGUGACGACGGAGGUUGUGGCUUAUAAGAAUGAUGGGACGUCUACUGUUAGUAGUGCUGGGAAGGCGGUAUUUCAGUAUGAUCCUAAUGAAUUGCCGUAUAUCUGCUCUGAGCAGACUGCUAUAUCGAGGUUUUGGGUUGAGACUGACAAGGUGUUUGAGGUGUUGUGGGAGGCUUUGGAUACCCAGUUGGUUGAGGAAGAUUAA